UCACCAUGCUGCUGCUGCCGCUGCUGCUCCUGGCGCUGGUGUCCGCGGCUCGUAGCAUUGUGCUGCCGCCGCCAGCGCCGGGCGACAACCCCGCCGCCAUGGUGCUCGUGCAGGGCGCUGAUGUCUACCCGGAGCAGUACAAGGAGCUCGGCCUGGCCAUCCAGAACGCCACUGACUCGCCACUGUGGGUCGGCAUCGCGGAGGGCUUCCUGAACAACUUUCCGAACCCGCUGCAGAUCAGCGCCGUCAUCUCGACCGUCAUGCAGGACCUGAAAGAGGCCGGCAUGCCGGAAGAAGUCGACGUGUUCAUAGCCGCCCACAGCCUGGGCGGAGUUGUCGUGCAGGGAUACGUGGUCUCCAACGCGGCAUCUCUGCGGGGCUUGAUGCUGUUCGGCUCGUACCUGACGAACCGGCCCCUGGCCGAGUUUCCGCUGCCCGUGCUCCACCUGAGCGGCACGCUGGACGGCGGCCAGGCGCGCCCCACCCGCAUGGCCGACACCUACGCCGAGCUCAUGGCGAUGGAGCCCGAGCACGACUGGGCGCCGCUGUUGAAGCCGGUCAUUCUGCUGGAGGGCGUCGACCACGCCCACUUCUUCACCGGCGACAUUCCACCAAGCGUGGCCGAGCACGACAUCCUCUCCGAGCUAGACGCCGACGCCGCGCGCCAGAUGCUCGCCGGACGCUGCGCCGCCUUCGUCGCGCUGGUGCAGAACCGCACGCUGGCCGAGGACAGUCGCACCAUGCUGCGCACCGAUUAUAAUGCGACGGGGGCGUUUCUGGCGCCGCUGUACGAGCUGCAGCGUCAGGAGGCGGACGGCGAGCGCUCGGAGUGGGCGGCGACGGCCCAGCGGUACCUGCUAAACGUGGCGAACGAGUCGGUGACGGUGGCGAUCGAGAGCAGCCACGAGCCCGACCUGUCCACGUUGGAGCAUCAGCACACGACAGUGAACGCCACCGGCGAUACCUCGGCGAACAUCUCCAUCUUCUCGUCUGUGGAGCAUCCGCUGGACCCGGUGGACGCCUCGCCCAACUCGCAUACCAGCUCCGAGAUCGCCGUCAAGAUGGUCUCGCAGGAGCUGGUCGCCUCCGUCUUGCCGGCCGGCACGUUCGGGCCGCGCCGUUCCUGCCGCGACGCCAACCAGCUGGCACUGGACACGGCGCUGGCGGCGGCACCCGACACCGCCAGGGAGCGCUUCAGCCGGCGCGGCCACCCUGCCGUCCUGCUGGACGACCACAUGGCGCUUAUCGGACCGCUCUGGGUGCAGGAGCGGCUGCGGCUCACCUACGGCACGGACGGCGUGCAGGUGCAGUCGGUGGCCAUCGAGACGGCCGUCGACUCGCCCUUCUUCCCCGGCAACCACUACUGCAAACUGCUGUCGCCGUCGCGGGCGCUCGAGUACGUGCUGAUUGACGGUCUGCGGGGCACGCAGCCGUGAGGCGGUGCCAGCAUCGCGUGCAUUGCAGGUCAAACGGGUCGUGUUUUGCGAGAGACGAGGCGUCAUCUGAAACAGUCAUUUCCGUGGCGUGAUGUACCCAGCUGCGUCAUGUGUUAAAUUUUGUGGAGAUAGUACAAUAUGCAUACAUGAACGUGUGUGGAAUGAAAAGUAGUCUUGUCUGCUCAUGUCGGUCACAUAAAAGAAUCAAAUAAAAUAUUUGCUAUGAACCCGGUACCCAGGGAUAAAUAA